CCCUCUCUCUUCCUCGUCCUUCUUCUCGCCACUUCUCACUUUCUCUCGACGCUAACUAGCGUCACUUGCAAGCGGCGAAACAACUAAGAGCGGCCAAGAAAAAGAGAUAAACAGAUACAGAGCAAAUAAUCAGAAUUCUAAGUCCUACAUGGAUCCAGACGCGGUGGCCAAGGCGUUUGUCGAGCACUACUACACCACUUUCGAUGCGAAUCGGGCGGGUUUGGCCAAUCUCUACCAAGACGGAUCGAUGCUCACCUUCGAGGGGCAGAAGAUCCAGGGCGCCCAAAACAUCGUCGCUAAGCUUACUAGCCUUCCCUUCCAGCAGUGCCAGCACAGCAUCACCACCGUCGAUUGUCAGCCCUCGGGCCCCGCCGGUGGCAUGCUCGUCUUUGUCUCCGGCAACCUCCAGCUCACCGGCGAACAACAUGCUCUCAAGUUCAGCCAGAUGUUCCAUUUGAUGCCAACACCACAGGGGAGCUUUUACGUGUUCAAUGACAUUUUCCGGUUGAACUAUGCAUGAAGACAAAGAUCAACCACUCAAGUCUUUGUGGUUCAAAUGUUCAGGGUUAAACAACUUUGCUUAUCUCAGUCUGGCUUUAGACGUUUUAUAUUUAAACUGCAAUGAUUUUUUUUUUUUUUUUUUUUUUGUUUAUGUUUAAUGUUGCAUGUUGCCGCCUUGUUGUCUUGAAAAUUCAGAGAUGCUUUAUUGUGAUUGGUUGGAUUGGUAAAAAGAUGCUCUUCUGGAUUACUAGUUAAAA